UUCAAAGCAUAGUUUGAAAGUUGACUUCGUCUUCCUCUCCUCCUUUCAAUGGAAGUUGAGACGAAGAUGUCUUCUUUGUACGAGUCAGAGUUUCAGAGAGAGAAAGCGACGACUGACAGUGACCCAAUAGAUGCCAUCCUUCAAAACCGUCCAAACAGAAAACCUCCAUUUCCUCUCUUUUUCUCUCUAAAACCAUACUCUCUCUCUCUCUACAUAUAUUUAUAUAUGUUUAUGUAUACACCUUGUAUUUCACGUUAAUGCGACAAAGGGAAGAAAACAAGCAUGCGUUUACAAGAACAAAGCCGAUUCUCAGUCUUCUCUCAUUCGCCUCUUCUUUGAUUCUCUCUCUACAUGUGUUUUUGUAUUUGUAUAUAUUAUUUCUUUUUUUCCCGUCCAAAACGAUGAAUUUCAUCGAAAAGACCCGCAAUCACAGUCGUCUCUCAAGUCUCAGUUGCUUCUUCAAGUUUCAAUUGCUCAUUAUUUUCUUUCUCAUUCUUUGAUCAAAUAAUUCACCGUUCAAAGUCUUUCGAAUUCUCAAUUAUAUAUAGCGUUCACCAAAUAUAAUUGUGUAUAUAUAUAGAUAUCUGUGUGUGUGUGUCAGUGUGUGUUUUAUUUUUUCCAAAAUAUGGAUACUAAGACCUUUUCGGAGCUGAUUUCGGAGAUACUAACAUCGGCGGACGAAGUGGCUUCGAUGGCGAAAGGUUCCGAAGUCGAGAGCGAAACUAUCACUGAAUUCUCAGUUUUCGUGGAGAAAUUGACUCCGAUUCUGAGUGAAUUGAAGGACAAGAAGGUAUUGGACACGCCUCCGAUUCGGAAAGCGGUGGAAUCGUUCGAAACCGAUCUCCGGCGAGCCAAGGCCUUGAUAAGCAGCCCUAAUUGUUCGUCGCCGGCGAAGCAGAUCGAAGACGUGACACACGAUUUGGGAAGGUCUUUAGGGCUAGUGCUCUUCGCGAGUCAUGAUGUGACAGUGGAUGGCAAAGAAAAGAUUGAGACUCUACGUAGAGAGAUGAUGAAUGCGAGGUUUGAUUCGAGUUCAGACCGCGAAUCGGAGUUUGUGAAUGAUGUGGAAACGGAGGAGGAUUCAGGGGAUGAGAUAGUAGAGGAGAGAAUUAGUCUAGAUGUUGAUGAUGUUGUAUUGCAGCUCAAGUAUGGAAAUGAUGAAGAGUUCAAAUGUGCACUUUUGGGGUUAAAUGCCCUAAUUAGGGAUCAAAUGAUCACAGAUGAAUGGACUAAUGAUGAAGGUAUAAUCCCAGUUCUGUUCAAUCGAUUGGGUUCGAGUAAGCCAAACAAUCGGUUGACUAUAAUUCGAAUAUUGAGAAGCCUUGCUGCAGAGAAUACUGAAAACAAGGAAAAGAUGGCAGAUGUUGGGUGUUUGUCGACGCUGGUGAAGUCCUUGACGCGGGAUGUGGAGGAACAGAAGGAAGCAGUGGGGCUGUUGUUAAGUCUCUCGGAUCUGUCUGCGGUCAGAAGAAGGAUUGGGAGAAUUCAAGGGUGUAUAGUUAUGUUGGUUACCAUUUUCAAUGGAGAUGAUCCAGUCGGUUCGAAUGAUGCAGGGAUGUUGUUAAAUGCUUUGUCAAGCAAUACUCAGAAUGCUCUUCAUAUGGCAGAGGCAGGUUACUUCAAGCCACUAGUUCAAUACCUCAGGGAAGGUUCAGACAUGAGUAAGAUUCUCAUGGCAACUGCACUUUCGAGGAUGGAGCUAACUGAUCAAAGUAGUGAUUCCCUUGGAGAAAAUGGAGCAAUUGAACCCCUGGUCAAAAUGUUUAAUGCCGGAAAGCUAGAAGCCAAGCUAUCUGCUUUAAGUGCACUGCAAAAUCUGUCCAGCUUGAAAGAGAACAUACAACGUUUGAUCAAUUCAGGCAUUGUAGUAGCUCUACUUCAGCUCCUUUUCUCCGUGACAUCAGUGCUCAUGACUCUUCGGGAACCAGCAUCAGCAAUUCUUGCAAGGAUUGCCCAGUCCGAAUCUAUUCUUGUAAACCAAGAUGUUGCUCAGCAGAUGCUCUCACUUCUAAACCUGUCUAGUCCAAUAAUCCAAUACCACCUCUUACAAGCACUGAAUGGUAUUGUUUCCCAUUCUAGUGCAUCCAAAGUUCGAAGGAAAAUGAAGGAAAAUGGUGCAAUUCAACUUCUCCUACCCUUCCUGGCUGAAACUUAUUCUAAAACCAGGAUUGGUGCCUUAAAUUUAAUUUAUACUCUCACUAAAGAUUUACCAGGAGAUAUAACAGAACAGCUAGGAGAAACCCACCUAAAUACUAUUGUAAAUAUUAUCUCUUCAUCGAUGACCGAGAUUGAAAAGGCUGCUGCCAUUGGUAUACUUAGCAACCUUCCAGUUAGUGACAAGAAAGCAACAGAAACACUUAAGAAGGCACACUUACUACCCAUUCUGAUCUCCAUAAUGAAUUCAUGCCCUGCAACUUCAACUCCCACAACAUGUUGGUUAAAUGAGAGUAUAGCAGGUGUAUUAAUUCGUUUUACUGUUCCUACUGAUAAGAAACUGCAGCAGUUUUCUGCUGAACAUGGAGUGAUUCCUUUGCUUGUGAAGUUACUCUCAAUUGGGUCGCCAGUUGCUAAAUGUAGAGCUGCGGCGUCACUGGCUCAAUUAUCUCAGAAUUCUCUUUCUCUUAGAAAGUCCAGAACAUCACGGUGGAUGUGUGUCCCGCCUUCUGUAGAGGCAUUUUGUGAAGUUCAUGAUGGUUACUGCUUUGUCAAAAACACAUUUUGUUUGGUCAAGGCAGGCGCUGUUUCUCCAUUGGUCCAAAUUUUGGAAGGUAAUGAAAGGGAAGCAGAUGAAGCCAUUCUUGAUGCACUCGGCACUCUUCUGCAAGAUGAAAUUUGUGAAAAUGGAACCAAUUACAUAGCCAAAAUGUCAGGUGUUGAAGCCAUUGUUAAAGUUCUGGAAUCAGGGACGGUCAAAGCUCAAGAUAAAGCACUAUGGGUAUUGGAGAGGAUUUUCAGAGUCGAGUCUCACAGGGUACAGUAUGGGGUAUCUGCUCAGGUGGUGCUUGUUGAUCUAGCACAGAGUGGUGAUCCAAAAUUGAAACCAAAGACUGCUAAAUUAUUGGCACAACUUGAGCUCUUGCAAACUCAAUCUAGUUACUUUUGAGACAUUACGCGUCAAGUAAGCAAGAUUGUUAGUGUGCAUUUUUUAUAUAUUUUUUUUCACAUUGUUUUUGUUAAUUAUUCUUCAUUUAUAUCUUUUGAUUCUUCGUGAUAUAUAGCGCCAUGAAAAGAAUUAUUGUAAGAUUCCAGAAUAACAAUGUACCUAAAGAUAAUAAUAUUACUGGAGAUGCACAUGAAAGGUUCUGAGUGGUAUAUAUUAAACAUUACAAUUAGCUGUUGGUUUCUGGCACAAGUCCUCCCUCUUACUUCUCAUUGCGACUCCUCUUUCCAUGUUUCAUUCUCUAACUUUGGAUGUUUUAUAUAUUUUGCUAAAAUCAAGUAGUCUGAGAACAUAAGAGUUGAUUAAUCUUCCAUAAAAUAUUAUUGCAGAAAGAAAUAUCACAAUCAUCUUGAUUAUGGAUACUAAUUGUUUGAGUCGAACUACUAUGAUAUUGAUGCUGAUAUGUUAUCCCUAUGUUCAUCAGAAGCAGGCAUCGCAGAGCCAACAGCAGCACAAAGCAAAGAGGCUGCAAGAUAGACACAGCAUGACAUGCAUGUUACGUAUAAACCGUAUAGUUUUAAAAACAAUAGUAUGUACUACGAGACCCUGAAUUGAAUUCGUUUUAGUUGAAAACAGAUGAAACAGAGAUUUGCAGCA